AUGGGCGAGAAGGAGCAUGAUAUCUCAUCAGCGCGAGAGCCCAGCAUCGAUGACGGGAAACUCGCCGCUGAGAAGCAGAUGCGCGACAUUGGCGCCGAUCUAUACCUUGAAGUACAGCAAUACUCAAGAGAAGAGUUGGAAGCAGAGCGCAAGGUUGUACUAAGAAAGAUUGAUUGGGUCAUCAUGCCAAUGAUAUGCAUGACAUACAUGAUCCAGUUCCUCGACAAACUGUCCCUAAAUUACGCAAACGCCUACACCCUCACCCCAGACCUCGGUCUCCAAGGCGACCGCUACGGCUGGGUCGCCGCCAUCUUCAACUUCGGCUACCUCUUCUGGGCGCUGCCCGCAAACUACCUCAUCCAGCGUCUCCCCGUUUCAAAAUACACGGGUUCCAUGAUACUCCUGUGGUCCCUCUUACUCUGCUGCCACGUCGCAGCUAAAAACUACGCUGGCAUGCUUGCUCUGCGUUUCCUGCUGGGCAUGUUCGAAGCGAGUAUCAGUCCCGCAAUCAUGAACAUUGUCAGUAUGUUUUACCGGCGCGACGAACAGCCUGUCCGCAUGUGCGUAUUCCUUGCUUUCAACGGCAUGGCGACCAUGGUAGGGGCACUGCUAGGCUACGGAUUGGGUCACGCCGAGUCCCCGCAUAUCAAGACGUGGCAGCUCAUCUUCCUCGUCAUCGGGCUGUUGAAUUUCGUCUGGGCGUGGGUGUUUCUCUGGGUUAUGCCUGAUAGCCCCUCGACGGCGAAAUUCCUCUCGCAUAAACAGCGCAUCGUGGCGAUUGAUCGGAUUGCUGGUAAUAUGAUUGGCGUCAAGACGAAGCAGUUCCAGAAGAGCCAGGCGGUGGAAGCGGUGCUUGAUUUCAAGGUUCUCUGCAUCAGUCUGAUUGGACUCUGUUUUGCCAACGGGUGCGAUUGA